UCAAAGUUAGAUAAAUAAUUUAUUUAUGAAUUUAUGGCGAAAUAUAAUUAUACUGUCUAGAAAUACUACUUUUGUAAAACAUAAUGUGUGCAAUACUUUAAGAUAUCAAACGCUAAACUGUAAUAAAAAUCAAACUAAUAACUUGUUAACCAGAAGCAUGUCUCAAAAAAGUAUUAAAUCUUUCUUUAAAAUAACACCGAAAAAGGGAACUUCUGAAGAGGAGGUUGAUAAAAAUAGUGAUGAAUCACAAAACAAAUCAAACGACGGGCUUGGCAAUGGUAACGUUAAGGGAAUAAAAAGAUCAAGAUCAAAUAGCAGUGAAAAAGAUUUACCAAAACAAAAUGGAAUAGUGACACCAGUUUCAUCAGAAAAGAAGAAAAAGUCUAAACGGCAAAGAAUUGAAAGUUCUGAAAGUGAAUCUGAAGAACACACACCAAACAAUAAAGAUGUGAAAAUAAAGUUAGAAGAAGAUACUCCUCCUAAAUCUCCAAAGACACCAAAAACUGAAACUACAGAGAGUAAAAAAUCUUUGAUCAAAGAAAUCAAAGUAGAAAAGCUGUCUCCAAAAACACCAAAGACUCAGAAUAAGGAACCCAAGAAAAAGACCCCGAGUAGUAAACUUAAUGUCAAAAAGGAGAAUACUAAAAGCAAUGUUAAAAAAGAAAAUAGUGACAAUAAAGAAAAUAGUAAGCAAGAGGGUCCAAAAGAGAAAGUCAAAGAGGAGGAUUACAAUCCGGCGAAAGCAAAGUACCAUCCAAUAAAUGAUGCAUCAUGGUCUAAGGGCCAGGAGAUACCGUACCUGGCUUUGGCCAAGACCCUGGAGCAUAUUGAAGCCACGUCGGCCCGGCUGAAGAUGGUGGAGAUACUCAGCAAUUACUUGAGGUCCGUCAUCGCUCUGACUCCGGAGGACUUGCUGCCGAGUAUAUACCUGUGCCUCAAUCAGCUGGCUCCCGCUUACCAUAAUCUGGAACUAGGCAUAGCGGAGACAUAUCUCAUGAAAGCAGUGGGUCAGAGUACGGGUCGCACGCUGGCCCAGGUGCGGGCGGCGGCGCAGCGCUGCGGCGACCUGGGUCGCGCGGCGGAGGCGGCGCGCUCCACGCAGCGAGUCAUGUUCCCCGCACCGCCGCUGACUACGAGGAAGGUGUUUAAAGCGCUGAAAGAGAUUGCUGCUUGUACUGGGCAAGCAUCAGUCAACAAGAAGAUAUCAAAAAUACAAACCUUAUAUGUGGCGUGCAGGCACUCCGAGGCGCGGUAUCUUAUAAGGUCUCUGGAGGGCAAGCUGCGUGUGGGUCUGGCAGAGCAGUCGCUGCUGCAGGCGCUGGCGCUGGCGUGCGCGCGCACCCCGCCCGCCGGCGACGGCGCGGGGGAGAUGGACGCCGGCGCUGAUAUGCAUCCCGAUGAUUUCAAGGCGCAAGUAGACGAGCUGGCCCUCAUCAUCAAGACGACGUACUGCGAGUGCCCCAACUACGAUCAAAUCGUGGCAGCGCUGCUGGCGCACGGCGUGCGAGCGCUGCCGGAACACUGUCGCCUCACGCCGGGCGUGCCGCUCAAACCCAUGCUGGCGCACCCCGCGAGAGGCGUGAAUGAACUGUUCGACAGGUUCGAGGGUCAGGAGUUUACGUGCGAGUGGAAGUACGACGGGGAGCGCGCGCAGCUGCACGUGCCCGGCGCGGAGGGCGCGGGGGGCGGGGCCGACCUCGCCGCCGCCGCCAUCUUCUCCCGCAACCAGGAGAAUAACACCACCAAGUACCCGGACGUGCUGUCGCGUCUGCCAAACCUACUCAAGGAGGGCGUGUGGAGCUGCGUGCUGGACUGCGAGGCCGUGGCCUACGACACCCAGGCCAAGCAGAUACUGCCCUUCCAGAUCCUGUCGACGCGUAAGCGCAAGGAUGCAGACUCUUCGACGAUCACAGUGCAGGUGUGUGUGUUUGUGUUCGACCUGCUGUACCUGAAUGGGCGCCCGCUGGUCCGCGAGCCGCUGCGGGAGCGACGCCGCCUGCUGAGAGAGAACUUCAACGAGGUCGAAGGCGAGUGGCAGUUCGCUAGUGGCGCGGACUGUAGUGACGCGGAGGAGGUGUCGGCGCUGCUGGCGGCGGCGGUGCGCGGCUCCUGCGAGGGGCUCAUGGUGAAGGCGCUGGACGGAGCCAAGGCGGGGUACGACAUCGCACGACGGUCGAGGAACUGGCUCAAGCUGAAGAAAGACUACCUGGACGGCGUGGGCGACACGUUGGACUGCGUGGUGAUCGGCGCGUACCACGGGCGCGGGCGGCGCUCUGGCGCGUAUGGCGGCUUCCUGCUCGCCUGCUACGACCCCGACACGGAGCAGUACCAGUCCCUCUGCAAGAUCGGCACCGGCUUCACCGACGACGAUCUCAAGACGCUCAGCGCGACGCUCGACCAGCAUAUUAUUGAUGAGCCUAAGAACUACUACAGAUACGACAACAGCCACGCGCCGGACGCGUGGUUCUCGGCGGCGGCGGUGUGGGAGGUGCGGUGCGCGGACCUGUCCCUGUCGCCGGCGCAUCACGCCGCCAUCGGCCUCGUCGAUCCCGACAAGGGCAUCAGCCUGCGGUUCCCCAGGUUCGUGCGCGUGCGCGAGGACAAGAGCGCGGAGCAGGCGACGUCGGCGCGGCAGGUGGCCGAGCUGUACCUGGCGCAGGACCAGGUCAAGAACUCCGCCAAGAGCGCCCGGGACGACGACGACUUCUACUAGAUCACGCGACGGCAGAGGACAACUUUCCGUCGUUAUGGCUUGCAGGGCCGGAUUUAUAUUUUUACUAUACUCAUAAAAAAUAUAUACGAACUCUGCCGCCAUCCUAGGACGCUGUCUAUGGCCUCCUGGCUUACGGGCAGCCUAUACUGCCUAUACAUAAAACCAGAGCCGAUGGCUCGUAUAACUAUAACUGUAGGCUGAUCAGUGUUAUUCUUAUUUGAGCGAGAACAACGCAACAGAGGAUAUAUUGCAGUCGCUAUGCUUAAGGUUGGGUUGCACCA